AUGUGGCGCGGCAACUGUCCAACUGCCAUCCUCUUCUUGUUAGCCCUCACAAUCGUCCUAGCUCAGUAUGAGUAUCCUAUGGGCACAAACGAUGGCGACCUGAAGGCCCUGGUGGAGCGGUUCAAGUCACUUCCCGAGCUGCGAGGCUCCUCAGUCGUCGCCGCAUCCCCCGACCUGCUCGUCCUUAUCCCGACCCCAGGCCAAAGCCUUGCCCAGAUCCGGGCGGCGCUGCUGCAGCAGCCCGAGGUGUAUGAACUGGAGGUGCGGGAUGAGACGCAUCGACGAGAGGGCAACGAAAAGCCGUACGAGGUGCUUCGCAAGGAGCGGCUAGCACAG